AUGUCCUGCAGCUUCAGUUGCUGCUCUCGCGCAGUGGUUCUUGGCUUCGAGUUCAGCUCACGCAUGCGCUUUGCUCUUCCCGUUACACACCCGUGGCUUCCAUGCCAGAAAGAGAAACAUUGCUGUCUGGUCUGUUAUCCCAAGACGAUGCUCCGUCAUGGUUUCUUUUUCCUUCACGUCCUGCUCGUCAUGGGCGUGACUCUCAGUGCUGGCGGCACCGUCUCGUGCAUCCCACACACCUACACGCAAGACGUUACACACACCAGCAUCGUCUCCGUCACUAGCCUCAUUAAUUCCUUCCGCCCCUUCGGCGGCGGCAGCCAGGACGUGACCUUCACCCAGACCAACACCGUGUGGACGACGACGACCACGACUCUGGACCAGAAGGACCACCCGCCGCCCGUCGUCCUCACCAGCACCACACGCCUCGUCUCCACCGCCCACGUCACCGUCACCCACACCGUUCAGGUCCCAUCCACCUCCACCAUCACCACCACCGUACUCCGCACCACGCUGGAGGUCACCACGAUGGCCAUCACCCACUCAGCCAGCCUCCCCUUUCCCCCCCGACACACCCACACAGACCCCGCCACACCCCCCAUCACCAUGACGCAGCCCCCGCCCCCGCCCGCGCCCACCCUCACCCUCAUCUCGUGGGUCACCAGCCACAUCACCGUCACCCCAAGCCUGCCCCCUCCCGAGGUCGUCACCACCACCCGGUCCUCCACCGUGACGUUCUGCGAUGCGCCCCACACCACCAUCGUGACCCCUGUCGUGAACUAGUGGGCCAGGGGUCGAGGCGCCACUCAGAGGUGCUUGUGGGCAGAGUUGGGAAAGUUUUGUAUCGUUCUUUGACAAUACGUAUAUACAGUGAUAGAAGUUAUUAAUAAAUGUUAAUUCUAGGG